UCACAUUUUCAGAUUUUGGAGUUGAGCACCAUGGGGACUCUAAAUGAUCGGGCAGUGUUACAAGCCAUCUUCAACCCUGACACCCCUUUUGGAGAUGUUGUUGGGUUGGACCUGGGAGAGGAAGCUGAGAAGGAACAAGUAGAUGAAAAUGAAGUUUUCCCUCAAGAACAGCUGAACCAGUCCAAGGCCCUGGAACUGCAGGUGACAGCAGCAGAGGCUGGUGACCUCAGCACAGCCUUGGAGGGGUUUGGCCAAGCCAUCAACCUGCUGUCUGAGAGGGCCUCAGCCUACAACCACCGAGCCCAGGCCCGACGUCUCCAGGGAGAUGUGAAAGGAGCCCUGGAAGACCUGGAGCUCGCCCUGGCGCUGAGCGGCGGCCGGGGCCGCGCCGCCCGCCAGGGCUUCGUGCAGCGCGGGCUCCUGGCGCGGCUGCAGGGCCGGGACGACGAUGCCCGCAAGGACUUCGAGCGGGCGGCGCGGCUGGGCAGCCCCUUCGCGCGGCGCCAGCUGGUGCUGCUCAACCCGUACGCCGCACUGUGCAACCGCAUGCUGGCCGACGUGAUGGGACAGCUGCACCGCCCCCGCGACGGGUGCUGAGCCGGCCCGCGGGACCAGGGGCAGGCCCUGAACCAA